AUGCUUUUAAAGUGGUACCAAGAGCGCAAAAUGCGGAUUUCAAGUUCAAAGGCGCAUACUAUCCUCCGAACCAAAAAGACCCCACAGGAGCUCGUCUCAAGCCUGAUGAACGAGGAAAGCUUUACAAGCGAAGCAACAUCCUAUGGCUUGCGGACUGAGCCGAAGGCACGGCGAUUGUUUGAAGGAAAGGUUCGGGGCCAUGUCACUGAGGUGGGCCUGCUUGUCCAUAAUGGUAAGCCCUGGCUCUGCGGGAGUGCUGACGGGCUCUUCGGACUGACCACUGGCACCGUGCUUUUGGAGAUCAAGUGUCCUAGCAGCAUAAGGAACAGCCUUAUCGUUGAUAUCACCCGGAAGGUGACAUUUGUCAGCUACUUAGUAUAUGUCGACGGCAAGCUAUGUCUGAAACAAUCACACCGUUACUACACGCAGGUGCAGGUGUUGAUGUAUAUUCUGCAUUUGGAGGAAUGUUUCUUUUUUGUAUACACCAGUGUCGAUAAUGUCACCCUGCUCGUCACCAGAAAUGACGACUUCCUGGACACCGCCAUCCCAACUCUGCAAGACUUUUAUUUCGAUUGGUAUUUGCCAGCCCUUGCACGCAAGUACCAGUCCUAAAUAGACCAUUUUCAGAAAUUUCCACAUAAGACACUGCAUGUACUGCAUUCAACAUGUACUGCAUUCAAGGAACCAGUGAAAUAAAAAGUUGUACCCCUGCUUCAAUUUGCUCGAGUUCCAACUUCUAAGGCGUAGAAAAAUGCAACUUUGCUAUGAAAUAUCUUCGCAACUUGUACAGCAAGACAUGACAUGCCACACAGGGAGGCCUCGUAAGAGCAGUGUAUGGCCGAAGUUAUCUACUAAAAAGUACUUACACAGGCACUGAGGAAGAGCUGGCUUCAAAAAUGCAAUGGGGGCAGGUGUACCAUCUCGGACAAAAUGAGCUACACCACCAUUGGACCUUUAUGCUACUCCUGCGAUCUCCACAGGAUGAAUUCUCAUGACUGAAAACGCAAACAUUCUUCAUAAUCCAACCAUUCUCUGGAUGAGUGUUUUUCCGCUCUUCUGCGACGUGUUGCUUGCCGCAGAAUCUAGCAUGAGGUGCUGCGACUAAAGAGAGUGCUUCUACUUUCACGGCGCGUAUCGAUUGGUAUCGCCUGAGCAGCCUUUCAAACAAAAUUAGCUUACUGUUCAAGUUGCCUUGCCGUGACUAUCGCAAUAUGAAAAGAGCAAGAACUCACCGCAUUCAAAAAACGGACUCACUACUGGCCAGCGAUAUGAGCCACAAAGCCACAAGCACUAACUCUGGCCGUUGCGUCGCAGCAGAAGUUCGUCACCAAUGGCACCUCACGCCACAGCUGAUAAACUGCUAAACAAGGCGGCACCUCGUGUCAGAUUCAGUGGCAAGCACAGCACCGCAGAAGAGCGAAUGAAAACACACCCCUGCAAGUACAUUAGAACGACCAAGCGCUCAGAGUGCGAAACAACUAAUGCAAACAAGUUAACAGUUUUUUCUUCCUCUCUUGGUAUUGAAUGGCUAUCAGGCAAAACUAGUGUGGUGGAAACAACACAGAGACUUGCCCUUUAAAGGGAUUCUUCAACCAAAUUUGAAAUAUACCAGUCGUGGUCAAAACUAGGUUGAAUAUGAUCCACAAUAUCCGUGAAUGACAAUCGCACGUUUCUAUUUUGAGCCUGGCCCACUCUGGCAAGCACUUGGAGACAUAGACAGGACGACUGCAUCAGAUCCCCAGCGGAAACAGCCAGCGCAGAGCAUGUGACAUAGGUCGUCUUGGGACGAGCAAAGCUACGGCGAGGCUGACAUCGAGAGGAAUGCCUAGUCAUUCCAGCCACCCAAGCAGCUGCUUUUGUACGAAUUUUGAGUGACGGGUUAAUCUUCUAUAAUCUUGAAGGGGGACAAUAGCGACUUUUGGGACACACAAAUGGAAUUCUCGGGAAGAGGGGAGUUCCUCCUUCAGCUCUUCUCUUGUCGUGGCCGAUGACGAGACAGUCCGGAGGCGAGACAGUAACCGUCACUAGCUGUCAAGGUUCCUAGAUGGGCAUUACGAAUGAGGCUUUAGCGACAUCCACCAGGUGCUCUUUACUAAUCGUUUAAUUUGUUUUUAAAAUUCCUUUUCGUGACUUUUUUAAGAAGAUAUUGGUGUGUUCGAUGUGAUACUGCUCCUUCCAACGCAUAUAGACCAAAAAAUGAGCGCAAAAUUUCGUUGUAGUAUCUCUUUAAGCAGUCAAGUUUGUCACCCAUCAAUACCCUAGCUGAGCAAAGUGCUUGAGUCGUGCUUAUGCUGCUUGUAUCAUACAGUCUACUUUACAUUUCAUAUUGUGGCCACUCCAUGCCAAGUGUUUUCAAACUUUCCAGUCCCAGAGAACUUGAAUAUUUCCUAAGUGAUAAUUGAGGCAAACCAACCUGGAAGACCUGGAAUUGUCAGAAAUUCGCACUGUCUGGAAAUAUCAAUGAAUUAUUAGAGAAAUUGUCAAAACAUUGGCUAAAUCAGGGAAAAUGGCCAGUGAAAGGGUAUGGCAGUGUGGACUGAAACGAGACAAACACGUAUCUGCAUGGCAGGGCUGAAUAAUAUUGCCCUAAAAGUUGUCCUUGACCGAAGGAGUCAAGGAAUUUGAUCAAGAUAGUCAGGAAAACCCCCGGAAAAGUCAGGGAAUUUGAAAGAACCAACUUGGUAGAUAGCCUGAUUGUGCCCAUGAAACAAUACUAUACACACACUACAUAACCAAUGUUUGGUGCAUACUUAUAGCCGCCUCGGUGGCUCCAAGGUGAGAGCGC